ACUGAGGCCGAUGGGUUUCAGGGUGUAAGAACCUGUCUUACGGAUGCACCCGAUUAAAUGCUCCGGUUCUGGGCGUGCAGAAGGAAGGCAUCACGUUAUUUAGUAGGGGCUACUUUCAUGGAGCAUCUGGGAGGUGCAGGCAAGUCAGGGUCUUGAAACAGCGCAAGCAGAGAAGAGGCACCAAGUGCCGGGACCUCUGAGAAAGCAGAGGGAAAUACAAACAUGUUUGCAAGGGGGGGUGGGGUCGUGCACCCUGAAACUCUAGAGUGCCCGCGAAAGCGCGAGAGAGCCGGGACCACAGAGCUGAGUCUGCAAAGGCAAGUCAGGCCCGGCUUGCGGGGCACCGCGCCAAGAAGUUGGGGCAGUCACAGGAAACUCAUGAAGCUUUGCAUGUCGUGCCUCAACACUUCCAUGACCUGAGGACAACCAGGACAGGGAGGUAAAACUCUUCACAUGGAGGAAAAACAUCUUGCUCAAAACCAUUCAAGACAACAACAAUAACCACAACAAGGCUACAAAAGAGGGGGAAAGAUGGCCUCCAGGAGCCCUGGAUUCAUGGUGCAGCACUGAGCCCCAGCAAUAACCUUGGAGGUGCCAGUUGUCAGCCACAUGAAUACACAUGGCUUUGCUACGAAAAGUUAAUCAGCUGCUGCUGUUCCUUCUGAUUGUGACCCUCUGUGGGAUUCUCUAUAAGCAAGUCCGAAAAGGGACUGUGCUCAGGAACCAAGCAGAUGAAGAUGCUACGGCUCCUGGGGAAAUGGAUGAUGAAAUUCCUGUGGUGAUCUGUGCAGCGGCGGGGAGAAUGGGCGCGGCCAUGGCUGCCAUCAACAGCAUCUACAGCAACACAGAUGCCAACAUUUUGUUCUAUGUGGUUGGACUCCGGAACACUCUGUCUCGAAUACGAAAAUGGAUUGAACACUCCAAACUGAGAGAAAUAAACUUUAAGAUUGUGGAAUUCAACCCUAUGGUCCUCAAAGGAAAAGUCAGACCAGACUCAGCGAGGCCUGAAUUGCUGCAGCCUCUGAACUUCGUCCGAUUUUAUCUCCCUCUGCUUAUCCAGCAACAUGAGAAAGUCAUCUACUUGGAUGAUGAUGUCAUUGUUCAAGGUGAUAUUCAAGAGCUGUAUGACACAACCUUGGCUUUGGGCCACGCGGCUGCUUUUUCAGAUGACUGCGAUUUGCCCUCCACUCAGGACAUCAGCAGACUCGUGGGGCUGCAGAAUACAUACAUGGGCUAUCUGGACUAUCGCAAGAAGGCCAUAAAAGACCUCGGCAUAAGCCCCAGCACUUGCUCCUUCAAUCCUGGUGUGUUUGUCGCCAACAUGACAGAGUGGAAGCACCAGCGUAUCACCAAACAGCUGGAGAAAUGGAUGAAAAAGAAUGUGGAGGAAAACCUCUACAGCAGCUCCCUGGGAGGAGGGGUAGCCACCUCCCCGAUGCUGAUCGUGUUUCACGGCAAACACUCUGCCAUCAACCCCCUGUGGCACAUAAGGCACUUGGGCUGGAAUCCAGAUACCAGAUAUUCAGAGCAUUUUCUUCAGGAAGCGAAAUUACUCCACUGGAAUGGAAGACAUAAGCCUUGGGACUUCCCUAGUGUUCACAACGACUUAUGGGAAAGCUGGUUUGUUCCUGACCCUGCAGGGAUAUUUAAACUCAGGCACAAUAGCUGAUAUCAUGCCGCCUUUUCCUAUCAAGUGAUGUGGACUUGUCCAUGUGUCUCCUGUGAUAUGUAACACUGUGCUUUGUGAGCAGUUUUCUUUGACAAAUAGGAGCUAUAGUGUAAAACACACACACACACACACACACACACACACACACACACAUUGUUUGUACCUUGACAACAGGUACUGACUGACUUCCAGUGGUUAUGGAGAUCAAGAUGAUGUCUGUGACAUGUAGAAAAUAUAGCCACCCACAUAUUUGCGUCAAUCAAAUUAAUUCUGGAUGAUAAAAAGACAUAUACAUACAAAAAAUUAAAUGUCUAAAUAUUUAACAUGUAGGUAUAUUUUAUCUGUUUGCCAAUCUUGUCUUUUGUAGAAUAUACUACAUUUAAAAUGUGAAUAGAUGAAAAAAUAAAAAUUCAUAGAUUUUUAUUAUUUUAUAUAUUAUUCUAUGUGUUAAAUAAAGCAGAAUGUAAACUGA